UAUAACUCAGUUUCUUCCCUCUUUCGUUCCCUGCAUUCAGCCAGCAAGCAAACGGCCAACGCAAGGACGCAACCCCCGGCGCCGAAGUCGUUCAUCUCUUUCCUUUUCCUCUGCAGCAACCUUAACUUCUUUAGCAGUUGAGGAUGAAGAAGAUCAAAUCUUUCAAGGAAGAGUACUCCUUCGAGGAAAGAUUUGAGGAGUCCAAGCAGAUCGUUGCCAAAUAUCCUGACCGGGUACCGGUUAUUGCUGAGAGAUUUUCUAGGAGUGAUCUACCUGACAUGGAGAAGAAAAAGUACCUUGUUCCGAGAGACAUGUCCGUCGGGCAAUUCAUUCACAUUUUGAGCUCCAGGCUCCAUCUGGCACCAGGAAAAGCACUUUUUGUGUUUGUUAACAACACGUUGCCUCAAACAUCUAGCCUUGUGGAAUCAAUCUAUGAUUCUUACAAAGAUGAAGACGGGUUCCUGUACAUGUACUACAGCAGCGAGAAAACAUUCGGGUGAGAGGGCAAGCUUCCUCUACCGACUUUAUUCGUGUAUAUUACAAUUAACUGUACUUGAACAGGUGAUCGUAUGACUAUAUAUUGCUGUAUGUACAUUUGUUUGGGACAUUUACAUAUUAAACAUCUAUAACUUUAUAUUUAUUU